UCUCCUCAGGUAUUUGGAUUACAAUGAAAUUUUAGGGUCCUAAAAUGAGCUCUGUGAUCUUGCAUGAAAGAAGUAAAGUAGCUCAACUGCUUAAAAGAUAUUUGAAAAGAAUUGGAAUCAGUUCAGCUGGCUUGAAUCUUGAAAACUCUGCAUACGUACAUUCUCAGGUGGGUUUACACCACAUGCAAAAGAGGUAUGCUACAAAACACAAACAGCUUGGUUUAGACAAUAUUAAAAUAUCUGGGAAAACAUAUACCUGUGAUGAUUGGACCAAUGUGACAGAAAAGAUUCUCAGUUAUGUUGGGAAGAAUUUACAUGUACAGAAGGAUCAUCCGAUUUGCAUUAUAAAGGAGGCAAUCGUUCAACACUUCUACAACUCCUAUGUUAAAGCACGGAGAGUUCCUUUGUUUGCCGUAUUUGAUAAUUUAGCACCGGUCGUCACAGUUCAGCAGAAUUUUGAUUCUUUGCUAAUUCCACAAAAUCAUGUUAGCAGGAAGAAGUCAGAGAAUUAUUAUGUUAACAAGAAUACGGUGCUACGUGCACACACAAGUGCACAUGAACAUGAGUUGAUUAAAUCAGGUUUAGAUGCUUACCUAAUGGUGGGAGAUGUGUAUAGACGGGAUACAAUCGAUGCAACACACUUUCCCGUAUUUCACCAACUUGAAGGUGUACGACUUUUCAACUCUCAACAGUUGUUUUCAAAAUGUGAAGGUGCAAGUGCUGAUUUGACGUUGUUUGAAGUGGGUGAUGAAACAAAAGACAAACAAUCGUGUCACACACUUGAAACUUCUAAAUUACUGGAGUUUAACUUAAAACAAACAAUAGAAGAUUGUAUUAAAGAUAUUUUUGGAAAAGAGGCGGAAUGUAAAUGGGUUGAUGCUUACUUUCCUUUCACUCAUCCUUCCUAUGAAUUGGAGAUCAAGUAUAAUGAUGAAUGGAUUGAAAUGUUGGGGUGUGGAAUCCUUAGACAAGAAAUUCUUAACCAAGCUGGUGCAUGUGAUCAAGUGGCUUGGGCAUUUGGGUUGGGGCUGGAAAGGUUAGCAAUGAAAUUAUUUAAUAUUCCUGAUAUUCGAUAUAUGUGGACUGAAGAUGAAUCAUUUCUUGCACAAUUUCGUUGUCAUAGUGAUUUUAAAUCCAUUAAAUUUAAGCCAAUUGUAAGCAAACAACCAGCUCUUGUAAAUGAUGUUGCUUUCUGGGUUCCAACUGAUUUCACGCCAAAUGAUUUUUACGACCUUGUUCGUAGUGUGGAUGAUGGGCUUGUACAAACCAUCACAUUAAUAGACCAAUUCACUCAUUCAAGUGGAAAACAAAGCCACUGCUAUCGGUUGUUCUAUCGCCAUGUGUCCCGUGCUCUUACUCAAGCUCAAGUAAACGAAGUCCAUGGAAAAAUUAAGAGAGCGGCUGUAAAACACCUUAAUGUAGAAGGACGGUGGUAACAAUCAUGAAUCAUACAGACCAGAGUCCGUAUAUAAACAUGAGUUAUUUCAUCACCAUAGAAAUCUUACAGGGCAACCAAAUGGGGCUAAUUUCGCCAAUUGUUUACCCUAGCAACGGGAAUUUUUAAACAUAUUUUUCUGCUUAGUCGCAGUUUAUUUAUACAACUCAAAAACUUCAAGUCACUUUUAAGCUUUAAUAAAUUUAAACAACUACUUGAAAAUUUGAUUUUCUUUAAUCUGCAUCCCGUAUUUGUAUUAAAAACAUAAAAUAGUAUAAAUUUAGCUAUAUAUGUACAUAUUUAUAUUAUGUCUAUGAUCAAUUUAGCCCCAUUUGCUGUGUUCUAUGUGAUUUCUAUGGGCGACAUGAAAUAACUCAUGUUUAUAUACGGACUCUGAUACAGACAAAUGAAUAAAGAAUUUUUUUGCACAUAGUGCUUGGUAUUUGAAGAUAUGUCGAUAUGAUUGCUUGGUUUACUACAAAUCAUUCCAAUAUAAAGUUAAUCUGUUAUUCGAGGCAUAGCAUGCUUUUUGAACCUGUACAGUGAAUGGUAUUACAGUUUUGUAUUAUUAUCUGUUUAUUAUAUACCCCAUGACAUAC